AUGGGUGUUCCCAAGUUCUUCAGAUGGCUCUCGGAGCGGUAUCCCGCCAUCUCUCAGCUCAUCGCCGAGAACCGUAUCCCCGAGUUCGAUUGCCUUUAUUUGGACAUGAACGGUAUCAUCCACAACUGUACCCAUAAGGAUACGAGCGAUGUACAAUUUCGCAUGACAGAGGAGGAGAUGUUCAUUGCUAUAUUCAACUACAUUGAACAUCUCUUCGGGAAAAUCAAGCCCAAAAAGCUUUUCUUUAUGGCUAUAGAUGGCGUUGCUCCUCGCGCAAAGAUGAACCAACAGCGUGCUCGUCGUUUUCGUACUGCGCUGGACAAUGAGAAGGCUAGAGAUAAGGCGAUUCGUGAGGGCAAGGAAUUGCCCAAAGAAGAACCUUUCGACAGUAACUGCAUUACACCUGGAACCGAAUUCAUGGCCAAGCUCUCGCAACAGCUGAGAUAUUUCAUCCAUAAAAAGGUCUCUGAAGACAGGGACUGGCAACAGCCCGAGAUUGUCUUGUCUGGACACGAGGUCCCUGGUGAGGGUGAGCACAAGAUCAUGGAGUACAUCCGCAAUGCGCGCGCUCAACUCGACUAUGACGCGAACGUCCGUCACUGUUUGUAUGGCCUCGACGCCGAUCUGAUCAUGCUUGGUCUCCUCAGCCAUGACCCUCACUUCUGCCUUCUGCGCGAGGAAGUUACCUUUGGCCGCGGCCCGGCCAAGCAUAAGGCAAAGGGACUGGAGGAGCAAAACUUCUAUUUGAUGCAUCUCUGCAUAGUCCGUGAGUACCUGGAGCUGGAGUUCCAGGAUCUCAAGAAACCUGGAGCCAUGAUCUACAAAGAAAUUCUUCCGCGCGGCGACGGAUAUAUCAACGAGGGCGGUAAGGUCAACCUCCAGAGACUCGGCCUGCUGCUGGAAGAACUCGGCAAGGAGGAGUAUCGCUUUUUCGAACAUGAACACGAGGAUCAAAGCUGGCUUCGGGCCAAGAAGAUGCUCGAAGAUAACGAGGCAGAGACAGCAAAGGCCAAGACCAAGGGCAAGCUCAUCGUCACCACGAACCAGAAGAACCUUUGGAAGCAGAAGAUCAGGAAAUUCCUUACCAAUAGGAGCACUAACACCCUUGACCUCGGGACCGAGUUGAAGGCCGAGGACCGCAAGUUUGUCCAAGACUUGGCUGAUACUGCCCACAUUCCUUGGGCAACUAAGGAAGAUGAUGAGGGACACCGCCACCUAAUCCUGUCCUUCCCCGAGAGAGACGAUGAGUCGGAAGAGGACGAGGAAGCCCAGUCAGCCGUUCUCCGUAUCAUCAAGAAGUACGACAACGCCCAAGUCCUGGAUUUAACUGCGGCCGACUCGAAGGCUGCCAUGGAGUUCACUUAUUCCGAUUCGGUGGACUUUGAAUACCCUUCCUCCCUUGUCGGAAUCUUCCCGCCCAUUCCCCAUUGCCACUGUAUCGAGAACAUUUUCGAUCUUCCGCCCGUGGAGGGACUGGAAUAUCGUGUUGGCUUGACCGACGGUGCUCUGCUGAACGAAUCAGCGCUGGCCGGAUUCCCUUCUCUCGCUACUCUGCCAUACACCGCCUCCCUCGGGUUCCAUGGCGUUAACGUGUUCCAGUCGGAGAGUCGCAAUCAGAGCAUGGUCGUCAAUAUCCUGGAUACGGAGAAGCGCACCAACGUCGAGGAAGCGAAGCGCAAGCUUGGAAAGCGCUGCUUCGUUGGCUACCCUUUCCUUCAGGAGGCUAAAAUCGUUGGCGUAUCCGACGAGCUUUUUGAUUACCAUUUGGCAGAAGACGGUAGCGGACAGGUGGUAUCGCGCAAUCAUUCCCCACGGGACAUCGAGCAAUGGGGCAAGACGGCUCACAGAAUCGAGAACUUUUACAGCAAACGGCUAGGUAUAUUGAUAGGUCAGGUGGAAUCGUUGGUCCACGUACACAUGCUCAAGGGCCUGAUGAAAACUGAUGAAGGCGCUACUAUCAAGGAGUACGGCCCGAUUCCCGGCAUGGAGACGGACUAUGCCGCACAGAUCAUCGUCGACGAGGUUGUCAACGAGGAUGAACGUUUCAUCGAGAGGGCUGCCUUGCCACUUGAGGAAGAAUUUCCCAUCAAGUCCGUUGGUUUCUUCUUGGGCGAAUUCAACUAUGGCCGCCCAGUUGAAGUUGAAGGUUACAGCAACAACAAGCUUGUUGUCUGGCUUGCCGCCUUGAAAGAGCGGGAACCGGAUUUUGCUCGCCAGAUCAUAUUGGACGCACAACGGGACAACCACUAUCUCCCGUCAUACAUGGUUGCCAAGGAUUUGGGCCUCCACUCGCUUGCUCUGAGCAAGAUCACGUCUUCAUACUACAUCACAACACUUGGCGGCUUGCGGGUCAACCUGGGCCUCAACCUCAAGUUCGAGGGCAAGAAGCAGAAGGUGCUUGGCUAUUCCCGCAAGUCCGAAACCGGCUGGGAGUUCAGUAUGGCUGCUAGGGCGAUGCUCGUUGAGUACAUGACCAAGUUUCCAGAUUUCUUUGCUGCCGUUAAACAGCAUCCCUCUAGCGCCGAGCUGACUGAGACGGAUCUCUGGCCCGAGCCGGCUGUUGCCUCGGCCAGAGUGAAGGAGAUUGGUGCUUGGUUGAAGACACUCAAGACCAGCCAGAUGGAGCGAGUGCCGCUUGACGCAGAGCAGCUUGAUUCCGAUGUUGUCAUGAGGCUCGCUGCUGAAGCCGACAGGCUGCAGCUCGGACAACUAGCUGCAGCGAACAAGAAGAUGCCCAACGUCCCUCGCAAUGCUCUGCUGCGUCCUUGUGACGCGGAACAUCGUCUUGGAAACCAACACUUUAGCCUGGGUGAUCGUGUCGUUUAUGUCGCUGAGGUUGGCAAGGUCCCCAUCGCCUACCGUGGAACUGUGGUGGGUAUCAGCCGCGUCCCAACGGCCAAGUUACUGGAUGUGGUCUUUGAUGUUACUUUCAUGAGUGGGACCACUCUCGGUGAACGGUGCCCUCCUUUCCGUGGCCAGACGGUGCCAUCCCACACGUGCCUCAACCUUACCCACCGCCAAAUCGUUGUUGGCUCCAAGGCAGCCAUGGCUAGACAGCCUACCAACCCUUCGGUUACCACACUGACGGCUCACGGUGGUUACGGGAUGCAGGCUAAUGGCAAACAAUACCGCGACGCACCCCAGCCUCCUCCUCUGCAAGGGACCUGGCGCGGUGCUAUUCACGGCAAUGGUCGUGGCCGUGGUGGUCGCGGAGGUUAUCAGUCGCCUCACCAGCAAAACGGUCCUCAGCAAGGUGAGAACCAGCACAGCAACCUCGCCUACCGCCAGGCUCCCAAUGGUCCAAGCAGUCACCAGCAGCCCCAGCGACAGCCGUAUGGACCCGACCCCGGCUUUAAGGGUUCUCCUAGUCCCGGUUCCCCUCAAGGCACUCGUGGGGGACGUGGCGGUAACUUCAGGGGUAACUUCCGCGGUCGCGGUGGCAAGCCAGGAGGUGCUGAUCAGUCGGCACCUGCCCUCGCCAACGUCAGCGGUACUUUCAGUGGUGCAGCGCAACAGCAGUCUUCGCCAGCUCCCGGCGCGUACUCUGCGGUUCCUCCUCCCGCUAGCCUCGAUUCGCCUAGGGGUGGCCGUGGUGGCCGUGGCCGUGGCGGUCGGGGUAGAGGUGAAGGACGUGGUCGUGGUGGUGCUGGUCGCGGUGGUAGGGGCAGCGGUUCACAGUAGUUGCGCCCCUAGGCACAAGCGGCUCGAUUAGCAUAAAACACUACGUGUUGAACGUAUGGGACAUUAUGUACUUGCAUAUACUUGCGAAGUGUCGAACUUCAGUUGUUUUUACUCCGUGUGGAUGAAUUGGAGUAGGUUCACAGCGGGUCUCAUAGCACAUAGUCUAGUGUAUUGCGAAAAACCUAGCAAGGAACAUAGUGGAGUGGAGUUUGCCUUUCAAGUUUGGUGUACAUAUGAAUAGCGGAAACAAAGAUUACAUGGCCUA